AUGAAGUUCACCUCGGAUCAGGGGUCCCCAAAGCAGCCGAUCAAUGCCCUGAAAAUGAAGAAGGGAAAACACAAGGACGAAUGCCACAACUUCAUCAAAGUCCUCCUAAAGCAAAACAACGACACCUUGUUUGUGUGCGGAACCAACGCCUUCAACCCCUCGUGUCGCAGCUACAAGAUGGACACGUUGGAGCCCCAAGGUGAGGAGAUCAGUGGAAUGGCGCGGUGCCCAUAUGACGCAAAGCACGCCAACGUAGCCCUGUUUGCCGAUGGCAAGCUCUACUCGGCCACGGUGACAGACUUCCUGGCCAUCGACGCCGUCAUCUAUCGUAGCCUGGGCGACAGCCCGACUCUGCGGACCGUCAAACACGACUCCAAGUGGCUGAAAGAGCCCAACUUCGUCCAGGCCGUCAAUUACGGAGACUUCAUCUACUUCUUCUUUCGGGAAAUAGCGAUGGAGUACAACACAAUGGGAAAGGUGGUGUUUCCGAGGGUGGCCAGGGUGUGUAAGAACGACCGCGGUGGCUCCCAGCGUGUCCUGGAGAAGCAGUGGACGUCCUUCCUCAAGACGCGCCUCAACUGCUCCAUCCCCGGGGACUCGCACUUCUACUUCAACAUCCUGCAGGCCGUCACCAACGUCAUCCACAUCAACGGGCGGGACGUCGUCAUGGCGACCUUCUCCACGCCCUACAACAGUAUUCCUGGGUCUGCGGUGUGUGCUUACGACAUGGCGGAGAUAGCCAACACCUUCACAGGCCGCUUCAAAGAGCAGAAAUCCCCUGACUCCACCUGGACACCUGUUCCUGAGGAGAGGGUUCCAAAGCCCAGACCCGGUUGCUGUGCCGGUACCAUGUCUGCGGAGAAGUACAAGCUCUCCAACGAGUUCCCCGAUGACACGCUCAACUUCGUGAAGAUGCAUCCUCUGAUGGACGAGGCGGUGCCUUCCAUCACCAACAGGCCCUGGUUCCUGAAGACCAUGGUCCGGUACCGUCUGACGCGCAUCGCCGUGGACAACGAGGCGGGCCCCUACAGCAACCAAACGGUGGUGUUCCUGGGAUCGGAGAGGGGCAUCAUCCUCAAGUUCUUGGCCAAGAUGGACAGCGGCUUCCUCAACGACAGCCUCUUUCUGGAGGAGCUCAACGUCUACAACCCCGAGAGGUGCAGCGUGGACGGCGUCGAAGACAAGCGCAUCAUCAGCAUCCAGGUAGAGCAGGAGCACGUGCUGUGGGUGGCCUUCACCUCCUGCGUGGUGAAGGUGCCGCUGUCCCGCUGCGAGCGACACGACAAAUGCAAGAAGUCCUGUAUUGCUUCCAGAGACCCUUACUGUGGCUGGGUACAGGAAGGCGCUUGCAGAGAAGUGUUCCUCAACACAAAAUCCAGCUUUGAGCAGGACGUGGAGCACGGCAACACAGAUGGCCUGGGAGACUGCCAAAAUUCCUUUGUGGCUCUGAAUGGUGUGAUCCGCGAGAGCUACCAGAAGGGGCGUAACCAGCUGGUACCUGUCACCCUCCUCGCCAUCGCCGUCAUCCUGGCCUUCGCCAUGGGCGCCAUUUUCUCCGGCAUCAUCGUGUACUGCGUGUGCGACCACCGCCGGCGUGACGUGGACCUGCCCGGCCGCAAAGAGAAGGACGGCCAUCACCCACACUCCCGCCGCGGCUCCAUGAACAGCGUGACCAAGCUGACGGGCCUGUUCGAGACGCAGGCCAAAGACGGGCGUUCCGAGGCCAUCAUGACCCCGCUGAUGCACAACGGCAGGAUGGCGGCCAACGGGAAGAUGCUGAUCAAGGCGGACCAGCACCACCUGGACCUCUCGGCCCUGCCCACGCCCGAGUCCACCCCCAUGCAGCCCCGCCGCAAGCCCAGCCGGGGCAGCCGCGAGUGGGAGAGGAACCAGAACCUGAUCAACGCCUGCACCAAGGACAUGGCCCCCAUCGGCUCCCACGUCAUCCCCACCGACCUGCCGCUCAGGGCCUCCCCGGGCCACAUCUCCAGCGUGGUGGUGCUGCCCCUGCGGGAGCACCAGCUGCAGCUCCAGUCCCACCUGCAGCAGCACCAGCAGGCCUACCAGCACGAGUACGUGGAGCAGCCCCACCGCGGCGGCGGCGACAUGGGCCUGGGCCACCACAACGCCACGGACGACCAGGGCGCCACCCUGGAGUACAACAAGAGCCCCCUGCACAACCUCAGCAUGGUGGACCCGGACGGGCUGCUGCCGCCCCGCGUGCCCCAGCGGGAGGCCUCGCUCACCGUGCCGCCGGCCGUGCCCCAGAUGGGCAAGCGUCUGGAGGUGCACUCCUCGGUGUACGGGCUGCGGAAGGGCUCGGGGUCCUCGGCGGCGUCCGCGGCGUCCGCGGGGUCCUCCGGCCUCAAGAAGCACAACACCAACUCCUCCAACUCCUCCCACCUGUCGAGACACCACAGCUUCAACCGCGUGGAGACCCCGCCCCCGGCGCCGCAGAGGGUCGACUCCAUACACAUGACCGCGCAGGGCGUGUCCCUGUCGCGGCAGGCCGGCAUGAGCUCCUACGGUUCGCUGCCGAGGGCCGCCUUCAAGUAUCUGAAGCCCGACGUCCCUCCAAAGCCCUCCGUGGUGUCGCUGUCGACGAAGGGUAAGCCCAGUGACUCCUGUACAUAGUGGGUCAGACCGGCCGGUCCACGGCGGACGGAUGGAAGUGUCGGGGGGGGGGGGGGGGGGGGGGGGGGGGAAAGGUUGGAGAGAAAGGAAAAAACACAACAUGCAUCUCCUUCUAGUCCUUUGUUUUGUUGAUGUUCAGUCCAGUGGAAAAUGCAACACACUUUCUAAAGAAGACAUUUUUCCUUCUUUUUAUAAAUAUGUAAAUAUUAAUAUAAAUGGUUGUGUCGUCGUGGGUUGCUGUCAUCGAGUUCAGGCUCUGGCUGGCUCCCCCAGUCUCUCUGGAAACAUACACGGUAACUUUUGACUCCUCCCCCUCCCCUCCAAACAUCAGAAGAUGAGGCCCCGCCCCUACACUGUAUCUCAUCCAACACCGGUCCCCUUGUAGCAUCCGAGGCCGUGUUUCUGUGGACUCUGCUCUCCGUUCUUUGGGACUCGACAGAUGUAUUUCUGUUUUCCGUCCACCCGACGAGAGCACACAGAAAGACAAUGCCGAGACACGGACAGUCGUUGUUGUACAGUACCUCAAGAACUUGGAGGGGAGGGGGAUGGGGUUGAUGGCUGUUGGGAGAGAAAGGGGGAGGGUCGUAAGGAGGCCACUGGGAGACUGAAUCCAGACACUUGUGCUUGGGACUGGAAGGUUGACAGAAGGCCAGGAGUUUACGUAGGAAACUGUGAAAAGCCUCUCAGUGUUACAGCUCCACCGGAGGUCAGAGGCCUGACUCUGUGUGAUUGGACGCCCCGGAUGCCAGGAGAAUCCUCUACCAAACUGUUUUCUGAAUAACACAUGACUGUUAAUACUAAUAGCUUGUUGUAUUUAUUUUUGCAUUAAGUGCUUUUGAAGAAAACAAAACGAAAAAAAGGACUGACUUUUUAGGCUCAGAGAAAUCGAAGAUAAGGACAAAGGGAGGAAUUCUUUUUAAUAUUGAUUAAUCAAGUGUGAAAAAAAACAACAAAUAUUUAAAGUCAUUAAACUGGAGUCAGGAGAUCUUUGUUGAUGUCUUCAGGUCCAUGAGUUCUUACUGUGGGCUCUGUGGAGGCGGGCUCAGCAGAUUAAGACAUAUGUUACCUCUGUACAGAGGAGAUAUUUAUUUCAACUGUGCCAGACAGGGACUUGUACCUUUGCGGACCAGAAUCUUGAUGUUGAUCUAGAUCAAAUCAUACAAAAGAAGAAACUUCCUAAAAAAUCAAACAAAGUCAAACAACACAAAUACACACACACACACACACACACACACACACACACACACACACACACACACACACACACACACACACACACACACACACACACACACACACACACACACACACACACACACACACACAAAGCCCUUUCACUCAUCCAAUGAGCAUCCCCCAAUCAGCACUGUGGUUUUUCGCGCGGUUCGGUAACUGUCCUGAUUGGUUGCCAGCUCACUGAAUCAAAUCCUACUGUUGCAUGUUGCGAUGGAAAUGAAAAGCCAGCAGCAGCAGCAGUCAGGACAGUAUGGGCUACUGUGUCCACACACAAGGUAGAGAAGAAGAUGGCUCCUUCUUGAACCCAAUCUUCAUCUCAAGCAGCGACACAAAGACAAACAGGCAGCAACAAAAACAAUAACUGAAAAAAGGUUAAUUUUGAAUGCCUGUUUCUCUUCCACUUGUAAAUUUGUGCCUUACACCCUAAAGUAGUAAAGCUGUUUUACUUUUAUAGCUGUUUAAUCUGUCUCCUUGUAGUAUUUUUAUUUCUUUCUUACGUCAUAAUAUUUCCCUGGUUUGAUAAAAAAAGGCAAUUGAAGAAUGUAGGUGUUCUUGUUGUGAUUCUGGAUCUUAGACAGCACACACUCACUGUACUGAGGAGAAGGAAGAGGGGCAGUGAAGGAGGGACCCCUUUACACACACAUACACGCACACAUACACACACACCAGACACACACAGACACACACACACUCACACACACACAUGUUGUGGUUCAUUUUGGAUUGUGCCAUCAAUACGCUUAAAGCAACCCUUUAUGUUGUGCUGACUGUCUAUGAUGAUGUAGUGAGUGUUUUUCUAUUUUACAAUUUUAAAAGUCCUGGUAUUGUUUGUUUUUUUCAUUUCUGUUUUUUUUAAUCUUUUGAUAUUUGUUUAAUUGGAGUGAUGGUUAACUGAAUAAAUGAAACAAUGAUGGUUUUUAACAGAGACGGCCCCAAUCCUGAAACAGGCCCUACUGGUGCUGAAUGCAAUAAAACAACAUCAACAUGAACAAAUACGAGGCCAAUUGCAUCCAUUAUAAAACCUAGACGGUUCGAGUGCAUAGCAUACACUGGGCACUCAGACACAGGCUGGCUCCUGUGAGAACGUUUAAAAUCCACAAGGGAAUGAGCAGGUAUACGUCCGCAGAAUUUUUGUAGAAGAGUUCAAAAACAUUUCAAAGAGAUUUUAAAAAUUUCGAAAUUUCGAAAAACAGAGGUCUUAUAAACAGGUGGGAAAGUUUACCAAUUACCAAUCCAGCCCAUUUUUGCCUUUUUUUUUUCUUAAUGCAAUUUUCUAUUGUUACUCCCCCCCCCCCCCCACCUCCCCUUCUACCCCCUACCCUCUACUACCACCACCACCACCCACCCAACACUUAAAUCAACAGAGCACUCCCUUCGUGUUGUGUAUAUAGUGGAGCACAGUGGAGAAGAGUCGCCCAUCCGUAUGUGUUAACCCAACUAACAAAGCCUUCCUCAAACAUCCCAUGUACAUAGGCAGGGUGAUGUUGCCUGCCAUGCAACAGUAUUAGGGGCUUAUGUCUAGAGGUGGAGGUGUGCAAAGUCUCCCCUCACCUCGUCGGGGGGCUCAGGUUUUCAGUCUGACACAGGAUUACCCAGUGUGUCAUGGAAGGAAGGGUCAUCGUUUGACCUUUGACUCUUUGUCCCACUUACUAUAGCAUCGCAGACUGCCUGCCGGGGCAUGACCAGGUACUCUUUAGCCCCCCCCCCCUGUACCUUAACCUCAACACCGCCAUGGUCCUCAGUCAUGCUGAUGUUUCGACCCAAGGUCGCUGGCACAGACUUGUUUUACGUUGUGUGCAACAAAUAAAUUAAACGGGAGGAAAAAAAUUGGGUCUUGGCGCCUUCUCAUGUCAACGGGAACGGGUCGUGUCCGUGCGGAAGGGGACCAUGGAAAUGCGCUUUUCAGGCGAGAAGGUGUGUUCCCGAUCGGAGAAGAUGGAUUCAAUGUAGUCAUGAUGAGUACGUUUCAAAUUUUGUGAAAGAGCAUCAAUCAUUUUGAAGAUUAGAGUUUGAAUUGGGCUCGACUGUGAAGGCUGUUGUGGCCAGUAAGGUUCUUUGGUGUGUGCCUUUUCUGUUUUUUAUCCUUGCUAUGAUACACUGCUACUAGAUACAAACGGAAUCAGACUCUCUCUGUCUCCCUUUGUCUCUCGCUCUUACUCUCUCUCUCUCUCUCGCUCUCUCUUUCUCUCUCUCUGCGCUCAGAUACUCAACCUUUUGAACUUUGUAAGCUUGUAAAAUAUUGUGAUGUCACAAGGUUUUUUGUCCUCCCCUCUCCACGUCCUUAACAUCUGAAUCACAGCUUAAUGUAUGUUGUAAAGUUUAAAAAAACUCUUUAAUUUAAUGCAAAAUGUAAUAAAUAAAUAAAAAUACAAAUAAAAAAA